CAAGCCGGGCUGAGCAGAAGUGAGCAGGCCCGGAUUCAGCGAGCCUGGGGAUCACAAUCCGGGAUCAGUGCGCGCAAAUGGACCCUCACCAUGACAACUAGAGCGGCAUACUUUUCUGCGUCAGAGACAGAGAUGCUCAUGGAGGCGUACGAAGAGGUAAAAGACCGGAUUAAACAGAAAGGCAACACCGCCACAGUCAUUAAACAGCGGGAGAAAGCGUGGCAAACUAUUGCAGACCGCCUGAAUGCAUUUAAUACGACGGGGCCGACGCGCACAUGGCUGCAAGUCAAGAUUAAAUACAAGAACAUUCUGCAAAAUGCAGUCAAGAAGACGACCCACAAGGAAAGCAGCGGCGAUGGGUCACCAAAACCUGACAUCACCCCAGUGGAGGUCAACGGCAGGCCUGUGUUGGUGGGAAUCCCUGGGAGGACAGAUGCAAAAUCAUGUCCCUCCCAAGUAGCUGCCAGCUUCAUCCAAGUUUCUGCUAGCACUGUCUCUCUGUUGGACCCGCCAACACCAGCACCAGAAGAGGCUGAUCCUGGUGAAGACACCAUUGCUGCAGCAGCAGAUGGCGAUGAAGAUAAGGAGACCAUCUCUCUGGAUUGCCUAAGGCAUGAGGAGCCAGAUGUUGUACAUGGAGAAAGCCAGCCUGUCAACAUAGACUCACAAGCUAUUAAUCAGCUACAUGCCAACCAUUUACGCCGGCAAAUACAACUGGCAGAUGUGGACAUACAAUACAAGAAAAAAAAGCUGGAAGACCUUGCACUGGAGUCUGAAAUAAAAAGGAGAACAAUCAGAAAACUGGAUCUCGAAAUUAAAAAACUGGAGCGGGAGGAAAGUUAUGACAUCAAUGCCCUGCAAGCUGACUGUAAACACAAAUAAUCUAUCAAUCCUUAUUUUACUCCUUUCCUCCCACAAUUCCAAGACACAUCUUGAAAAACAAUAGAGUAAUAUAGUGUUAGGACUUUAUAUAGUGUAUGUAUAAUGUAUGUUUACCUUCUCAACUCAUGUAUAUAAAUCCAGAAGUCAGAGGUCACAAAGGUGGCACAAGGCUUACAGACUGUGGCGGUUCCAUAUGGCAUCACAAUGUGUAUUUAUUUUUAUGUGUGUUUCUGUUUAGUAGAGUCACUGUACAUAUAUAUAUAUGAUAAUGUGAUAACUCUGUGCAGUGGAAUAACUGUUGGUUUCCUUCUGACUGCGGAUGGAGAUUCAGUAAGGGACAGGACAGUGGUGAUUUCUGUCAAAACAUACCCUUCUUUUGAUCACCCAGAUCUUGGAUAAGUUGAACCAGGAUAACUGAAUCACUUAUCCUACUUGUGUGCAACAGGCCCCUGAAGUCUUCCUUUAAAAAUAUUUUUUCAUUGUUUAGUGCAUAGUGCGUCAUCUGUGCCGCAAACUGACGUGUUCACUAUAUCUAUCUAUUUAUUUUUUACUAGACAACAUUAUGGCAGCUGGGAAGUCAAAGCAAGAACCUGAGUUGCUGACUUCUAUGAGCACCGUGACAUUGAGACCUCAUUUCACAUUAGUCAAGCCUCAUUCAUGGAUAAUGGGAGGCUUUCACACUGCCAAAACUUUUCCGUUGCUGAGAUGACUGUCUCCUUCAUCACUGCCAUGACAGACAUUGCAACAAUCUAUGGCAGGCAGACUUCUCUGUGCCCUUUUUGUGAACAUUGAGUUGCUAAAGACAAGAGACAACGAAGAUCACACAUGCUAAUGACAUGGUUGGAGCAAUCAGGUUUUUUCGUGUGCUAAUCUUGGUGCCAGUUUGUGUUGUGGCCUGACCUUCAUUAUACGUGUGAUCAGUGGUUUCUGUCUGCAUAAACUGCAUCAGAUUCCAAAUAACUCACAAAACGUUUAUCAUAGAUUAAUAUGUAUCCGAUAUUACUAUUGGGAUUCACAUAAACACAGCAACUCAAUGUACAUACAUUCACAACAUACAUACAUACUUACAUCAUCGGUUAACAACCCCUUAGUCCUGUUCAGGGUUGCGGGCAGUGCUGGAGCCUUUCCCAGUGGUCAUUGGGCGAGGGGCAGGAAUACAUCCUGGACAGGUCGCCAGUCCAUCCCUGGGCACUCACACAUGCGCACCUACUCCUUGACUUGUCCAAUUAACCUACCGAGCAUGUUUUUGGACUGUGGGAGGAAACCAGAGUACCCAGAGAAAAUCCACACGCACACUAGACUACAUGCAAACUCCAUGCAGCACAUUCACAACAUAUAUAAGUACACAAAGGCAUCUGUCUGUCAUUCAGUUUUGUUUUUGCAGUUUGGGAUGGGAAUGACCUAGGAGGAGUAAUAACUAACAAUGAAGAAUGACCUUGUUUGUGGACAAUUAUUGCAAACAAUGGUGCAUAGAAUUAAUUCUCAAAAUUGGAAUAGAAUUUUCCAUUACACUUACACACACAUUAACUAUUAACAAGCUAAUUACUUGCUUAUUUACUAUCUUUGAAGAAUAAAGACAGUCUAAUCAAAUUAUGUUGUUUAGAGUGAAGUUUCAGUGACAUUCUUGUGUGAAAUAUGAGUGUUAACCAGGCGCUUGUCACUACUUUAAAAUGUUAAAUUACAGGUUAAAAUGCUGCUAAUACACCUAUGAAUACUAUGAAAAGUACCUUAUUGAUGGUAACAUAUUCCCCCCCCAAUUUGAAGUGUGACUGAAUUUUGA